GGGGCACAUGUUCCAACUUCUGCCGCUUGAAUCGCGAGCGCACAAUGGUCCUUGCGAGCUGAUGGCUUGCCAGCUGAUGGGUUGAAGCUCCAUCUUCAAACUCUGGCUGGCUCAGACAAAGGCCUGAGUUCGUUCGCCCUUGACAUGAUCUUCAUCCACCUUGAGUUGAGGCCCCUGUGCCCGCAGACGCUGCCGCAGGUGCUCCGGAAGCUUGCGAGAGUUUUCAAGAAUGGUCAAAAGCCUUCGUUGCGAUCACUGAAGCGCAGAAGGAUUGAAAGUCACAACUGCGCUGCGAACCUGAAAGGCAGUGAGUUGGGAGGGGAAGAUGGACACUUUGUACUUCAACAUGCUGGCCUGAGAGAUUCCACGCCCUUGGAUGCUGAUGGACGCUUGUUACACGCACGUUCAGACUUUCAGCCCUGCGGAAUCUUUGAGGCCACCGCUGGGAUGGAAAAGAGGUUGGCCAUAGUCCUUCUUGCGGUCAUCCUCCAAAUAGUGGGCAGAUUUGGCUGUACUAUAUCGUCUGGUGUUUGCCUUGGUUCAGACGACGAUGAUGACGAUGACUCGUCAUCUGAUUCACUGCAUUUGACUCGCUUGAGGAAUGCAGAUGCGACAGACUUCAGGUGAACAUGCUUGGAGGGAACAACGCAUGGAGGCAAAGUGGCUGAGCAGCAGACUGGCCAAGUGGCUGAGGUAGUUUGAGGGUUGCAAGGCCAGUUGGAGUUUAGACUGUUC